UAAGCGCACUGCCCCGUGGACGCCACUGUGCCACAUGGCUGCUUGAGACCGAAGCCUCGGCUGCUGGAAUUGUGGAGGAAGAGACAUGAAACCCUAGCACCUCACGGCCCGGAGUGUCAGGAUGGCAGCCCAGCGGAUCCGAGCGGCCAACUCCAACAUCCUCCCCCGGUGCAAGUCAGAGGGGACCCUGAUUGACCUGAGCGAGGGCUUCUCAGAAACGAGCUUUAAUGAAGUCAAAGUGCCUUCUCCCAGUGCCUUGCUAGUCGACAGCCCCACGCCUUUUGGAAAUGCAAAGGAAGUGAUUGCGAUCAAGGACUAUUGCCCAACCAACUUCACCACCCUGAAGUUCUCCAAGGGUGACCAUCUCUACGUCUUGGAUACAUCAGGCGGGGAGUGGUGGUACGCGCACAACACCACCGAAAUGGGCUACAUCCCUUCCUCCUACGUGCAGCCCUUAAACUAUCGGAACUCAACACUGAGUGACAGCGGUGUGAUCGACAAUCUUCCAGACAGCCCAGACGAAGUUGCCAAGGAGCUAGAUCUUCUUGGGGCAUGGACAGAUGACCAGAAAGGAUCAGGUAAAGCCUACAGUAAUAACCCUUUCUGGAACGGAGUCCAAACAAACCCAUUUCUCAAUGGGAACGUGCCGCCCAGCUUUGAGGAAUCCAAUGCUAAAACCACUGUGGAUUUGCUGCUAUUCGAUACUGGCACACCCUCGUUUACUGCGUCCAGCUCAGUCACCACCAACAGCACCGGCAAUAUCUUCGACGAGCUCCCAGCCACAAAUGGGUUCCAGGCAGAGCAGCCGGUGAACCGGGACAACCCGUUCUUCAGAAGCAAACGUUCCUACAGUCUGUCGGAGCUGUCUGUCCUGCAAGCCAAGUCGGACGUUCCCACCACAUCCAGUUUCUUUACAGGCUUGAAGUCUCCUGCUCCCGAGCAAUUCCAGAGCCGGGAGGACUUUCGAACUGCCUGGUUGAACCACCGCAAACUAGCCCGGUCAUGCCACGACUUGGACCUGCUGGGCCAAAGCCCUGGAUGGGGCCAGACCCAAGCAGUGGAGACCAACAUCGUGUGCAAGCUGGACAGCUCAGGAGGCGCCGUGCAGCUCCCCGACACCAACAUCACCAUCCGCGUGCCCGAGGGCCACGUGGCCCCUGGGGAGACCCAGCAGAUCUCCAUGAGGGCGCUGCUGGACCCCCCGCUGGAGCUGAACAGCGACCGCUCCAGCAGCAUCAGCCCCAUUGUGGAGGUGAAGCUGAGCAACCUCGAAGUGCACACCUUUAUCAUCCUGGAGAUGAAGGUCUCGGCCGAGGUGAAAGGCGACAUUUUCAGCAAAAGCACGGUGGGCCUGCAGUGCCUGAGGAGCGACACGAAGGAAGGGCCGUACGCGUCCAUACCCCUGGCCUACAGCUACGGGGACACCAUCCAGGUGCACCUGCACAACCUCGAGCCCUGCAUGUACCUGGCCAUCGUCGCCCACGGCCCGAACAUCCUCUACCCGUCCUCUGUGUGGGACUUCAUCAACAAGAGGGUCACUGUGGGGCUUUACGGGCCCAAACACAUCCACCCGUCGUUCAAGACGGUGGUGACCAUUUUCGGGCAUGACUGUGCCCCCAAGACCCUCUUGGUCAGCGAGGUCACCCGGCAGGCCCCCGGCCCGGCCCCCGUAGCACUGCAGCUGUGGGGCAAGCACCAGUUCAUCUUGUCCAGGCCCCAGGACCUCAAAGUCUGCAUGUUCUCCAACAUGACCAACUACGAGGUCAAGGCCGGCGAGCAGGCCAAGAUGGUGAGAGGCUUCCAGAUGAAGCUGGGCAAGGUGAGCCGCCUCAUCUUCCCCAUCACGUCCCAGAACCCCAACGAGCUGUCCGACUUCACCCUGAGGGUGCAGGUGAAGGACGACCAGGAGGCCAUCCUCACUCAGUUCUGCGUCCAGACGCCUCAGCCCCCGCCCAAGAGUGCCAUCAAGCCAUCCGGGCAGAGGAGGUUUCUCAAGAAGAAUGAGGUGGGGAAGAUCAUCCUGUCCCCGUUUGCCGCCACCACCAAGUACCCGACGUUCCAGGACCGCCCCGUGUCCAGCCUCAAGUUCGGCAAGCUGCUCAAGACGGUGGUCCGGCAGAACAAGAACCACUACCUGCUGGAAUACAAGAAGGGCGACGUGGUCGCGCUGCUCAGCGAGGAGCGCAUCAGGCUGAAGGGGCAGCUGUGGACCAAGGAGUGGUACAUCGGCUACUACCAGGGCAAGGUGGGCCUGGUGCACACCAAGAACGUGCUGGUGGUGGGCAAGGCCAGGCCCUGCCUGCUGUCAGGGCCCGAGCUGAGCACGUCGGUGCUGCUGGAGCAGAUCCUCCGGCCGUGCAAGUUCCUCACCUACAUCUACGCCUCCGUGCGCACCUUGCUCAUGGAGAACAUCAGCAGCUGGCGCGCCUUUGCGGACGCCCUGGGCUACGUCAGCCAGCCGCUCACCUUCUUCUGCCGGGCAGAUCUGGACAGUGAGCCGGAGCGGGUGGCCUCUGUCCUGGAAAAGCUGAAGGAGGAUUGUAACAACCCCGACAACAGAGACCGCAAGUCCUUCCAGAAAGAGCUCGUGAUGGCCCUACUGAAAAUGGACUGCCAAGGCCUCGUGGUCAGACUCAUCCAGGACUUUGUGCUCCUGACCACAGCUGUCGAGGUGGCCCAGCGCUGGAGGGAGCUGGCUGAGAAACUGGCCAAGGUCUCCAAGCAACAGAUGGAUGCCUACGAGUCUCCCCACCGGGACAGGAACGGGGUGGUGGACAGUGAGGCCAUGUGGAAACCCGCGUAUGACUUCUUACUCACCUGGAGCCAUCAGAUUGGGGACAGCUACCGGGAUGUCAUCCAGGAGCUGCACAUCGGCCUGGACAAGAUGAAGAACCCCAUCACCAAGCGCUGGAGACAUCUCACCGGGACUCUCAUUCUGGUGAACUCUCUGGACAUCCUGCGGGCGGCCGCCUUCAGCCCCGCAGACCGUGACGACUUUGUGAUCUGAAUGGGUCCUCUGUCCUGCAUUCUGGAACCCUCUGGAGGUCAUUCCUUCCCUUCACCCAUCCUGGGCACACCCCUGCCCCCAUCAGCAGUGGGGGAAGGACAGGGGCGAGGCUGGCAGCCUGGUCCAUAGGAAACCAAAGGGACUGGACGGAGGACCGGCAGUGACCGAGGACUGCCCAGUGGGGGGGGGGGGGGGGGGGCGGAGAGACUCGUUGCCAAUCAAAUAGCUUUCUAUUUGUUGACAUGUAAAUUUCAAUUUAAGAAUCUUUUUUUUUUUUUAAAGAAAAAAGACUGAGAAGGGGAACAUGAGAAAAAUGGUAUCUAAUUUUGUAACGGCCUAUAAACUUGAUAGGAGCAAAGGCUUUUGAGGUUUUUCUGUUGUUCAGAGACUUUUUUAAAUUAUGUCACAGAUGUAUAUAGAUAUUUAAAGGCCAUGGGGCAUUUCUGAUUCCAAGUCAUCCUUCUCAGUUCAACUCUCGGCACAGAGAGCGCUGUUGGGUGUUGGCCCCUUUGUGCUAUCUGUCUUCAGGAAGGGGAAGCCAGUGGGCCGGGUGCCGCAGGUGGACGCAGUCAGGCGUCCUGAGAGCCUCCUGGGCCGCCCCUUCCUCGUACGAUUCUUCCCUUCCUCCCUUUGGCUCCUGUUGUGGUGACUGUCCAUAGAGCAUAUGGGACACUGAGUGCACAGUUAGGUCCCACAGUAGCAGGUGGGCACCAGGUGUUUCUGCCCAUAGGUCAGAAAGCAGCUGCACUUGGCAUUCUUUCUGGCCUGGCCACCUCUGUGUGCCAUUUGUCAUUCAGAAGAGUGGUGUGACUACAUAGGACCCUGCCCCUCCCCCUCCAGCUCCAGGCCAGUGCUGGUGUUUCCCCUGGGGACAGGGGCACUUCCUGCCAAGCUAGCUCCCCUGUGGGCAGGAAGAAAGCCUCCGUUCCCAGCCGUGGCCCGCCUGCCCUCAUUCUCAUGUCUGCCCCAGAGGAUCCCAAGCACCACCAGGGGCUGUUGUGCAGAAGAACCAGCUGCUGUUUGCCAAACGCCACAUUCCAUUUCAUCUCAGAUUGAACCCUUCCUCCUUCCUGGUGCUCCCAGGUCGCCUUGGGAAUAAACGGUAGAGGGAAGGCUAGCUAGGUUUUGGUACAAUAGAAAGAUCAGGUUGAACGUUUUCCGAACAUGAAAUCAUUGUCUGUGAAGUCAGGGCAGGGGGUGGUGUUGGCCGCCACCCGGGCUGCAGCUCAGAGCACGCCAGUCGACAUCCCAUGAUUGCCAGGGAAGCUGCAGCAACUCGGGAGGGACAAGAGGCAGGACUGGUAGCGGCAGAUCCCAGCAAGGCGACCGCAGUCUCGGCCCGGGACGUAGGCUGUUUCUCUGAAGGGGUGCUGGGCCCUUCAGGAUCCCUGCCUCCCAUGCUCUUAAAUCACUUUCACUUGACGGUAAUGGCUUAGUUGAAUCAAUGUGUAAUCCCUUACUGGGCUGUUGUAUACCUACUGAUUCCGACACUGAGGCCAACAGACUAAACAGCCAACACUAGAUCACUUAUGCUGCAGGAGCUGAAUCACACAAUUUCCCCAGGACCCCGUGAAAUCUCUAUUAGUUCUGGUUCUCCACCCUUUGUCUUCAUGUUGCCCAGAGAUCACCUCUCACCCUUUCCCCAAAGAAGAAACAGAACCAGUUGCACCUUAAACCAUGGAUGUUUUUCCUCAGGGCUUAACAUCGUUUCCUAUGCAACAUGUCUUGUAGCACAAAUUAAAUUCUACAAAAGUUGCAGUAAA